AUGCCUUAUUUAUUAACACUAAAAGCCCCAUUUUCACAUUCAUCGUCAUCAUGUCAAAGUAAUCAUCAUCAUCAUUCUCAGCUGCUGCUGCCGGCGGCGGCGAGGUCAUGUUCUUCGUCAUCUUCUUCGUCGUCGACGUCGCUUUACGUUGCGAAAAACCGAACGUUUAACACUAACAAUAGAGGGAGAUUAAGACUGAGACUGCGAGCAGAAUCUCAACAAAAUGAAUUUUCUCAAACUAAUGGUUCUCAACAACAACAACAACCUAACGGUUCUGCGACAAGCCGGAGGGAUAUUCUACUUGAGUAUGUGAAAAAUGUGAAGCCAGAAUUUAUGGAGUUGUUUGUUAAAAGAGCUCCUCAGCAGGUUGUAGAUGCCAUGCGCCAAACGGUAACAAACAUGAUUGGAACGCUACCCCCUCAGUUUUUUGCCGUAACAGUUACUACUGUUGCUGAGAAUCUUGCACAGCUCAUGUACAGUGUUUUGAUGACUGGGUAUAUGUUCAGAAAUGCACAGUAUCGGCUGGAAUUGCAACAAAGCUUGGAGCAAGUUGCCCUACCUGAUACGUCACAGGAGACAAAGGAUACACCAGAUUUUGCGCCAGGUACACAGAAAAAGGUUACAGGGGAAGUUAUCAGAUGGAAUAAUGUUUCCGGUCCUGAGAAAAUAGAUGCAAUCAAGUACAUUGAGUUGCUUGAAGCAGAAGUUGAGGAACUUAAUCGUCAAGUAGAAAGAAUAUCUGCCAAUGGAUCAAAUGAAUUGUUGGACUAUCUCAAGUCUCUUGAGCCCCAAAAUCUGAAGGAUUUGACGAGUAGUGCUGGAGAGGAUGUGGUGGUUGCAAUGAAUACAUUCAUCAAACGUCUUUUGGCUGUUUCGGAUCCCACACAAAUGAAGACUAGUGUGACGGAAACAAGUGCCCCAGAACUAGCCAAGCUACUUUAUUGGCUAAUGGUGGUAGGAUACAGUAUACGUAACAUUGAAGUUCGUUUUGAUAUGGAACGAGUUUUGGGCAGUCCACCAAAGCGUCAAGAGCUACCUCCAGCUGAAAACAUCUGAUAAAAAUAUAUAGACCGUAUCAAUCAUGAUGACAACACCAUACUCGUUCCUUGUUUGUCCAAACCUUUGAUGUUAAAUAUAUGACAUUUAAGUUACUGGAAAUUUUAAUCCAGAUUUCAGUAUUUUAGAAAAUGCUGAAAAACGGAAGGAAUUAGUUUGGUUAUUGGUGUUCAAAAAUUGUCAUUUUAGGAUCUUCAUAAUUUUUCUAGCAACCAUCUGAGUUUUUGUAUUCUGAAUGAUGAUUCAUUUCUUCCCCUCGGUAGCAAUAUUUUCAAGGUUGCUCA